GCACCGACACGCGACAGUUGCUACCAGCGCACGUUGUUGAUCUCCAAACUCUCCAUUUCUUCAAACUCUGAACUUUUUUUUUUCCUUUUCAUCUCAAUCCGCCACAGAUAUCUUCCAAUAUGCAUUCCUCAAUCCUCUGAUUUCAUCCACAUUCACAUUCCUUAUCCUCCGUAGGGUUUCGAUGAGCUGCCGGAGUUCCAUCGGAAUCGGAUUCGGAGUCCAAUGAGACGGCGCCCCGUGGCGGCCAUUCUCCCUGACGAGAUGGAGAAACCCUCCGCCAGGAACCCUAAUUCCCGCAUCUGCUUCCUGGCAACACUCUCCGCAUUCUUCUGGUUCCUCCUCCUCUACUUCCACUUCGCCGUUCUCGGAAACCAAUCCCCCAAACUAACCCCUAUCACCGUCACCUUUCAGCAACCUCGCAAAAGCCUCGGCUCCCAAACCCUAAUCGAAGCCCCUCCGCCACCCUCCUUUCCCUUCGCACGUGCCCUCCAGACCGCCCUCAACAAGUCCGACAGGUGUGGAGGCCGCUACAUCUACGUCCACGACCUCCCCUCCCGCUUCAACGAGGACAUGUUGAAGAAGUGCAGAACGCUUUCCCUUUGGACCAACAUGUGCAAGUUCACCACCAACGCCGGCCUCGGCCCCCCCUUGGAAAACGUUAAGGGCGUCUUCUCCGACACCGGCUGGUACGCUACCAAUCAGUUCGUCGUUGACGUCAUCUUCAGCAACCGGAUGAAACAGUACGACUGCCUCACCCAGGACCCUUCCCUUGCCGCUGCAUUUUUCGUCCCCUUCUACGCCGGCUUCGACAUCGCCCGCUAACUCUGGGGCUAUAACAUAUCCGUAAGAGACUCUGCGUCGCUUGAUCUCGUUGAUUGGCUUGUGAGGAGGCCCGAGUGGAAGAUCAUGAACGGGAGGGACCAUUUUCUCGUGGCGGGGAGGAUCACGUGGGAUUUUAGAAGACUCAGUGAGGACGAAUCGGAUUGGGGGAACAAGCUUUUGUUUCUACCUGCGGCGCGGAACAUGUCCAUGCUUGUGGUGGAGUCGAGUCCCUGGAAUGCGAAUGAUUUUGGGAUUCCUUAUCCCACCUAUUUUCACCCUGCUAAGGAUGAUGAUGUCUUCAUCUGGCAGGAGAGGAUGCGGAGGUUGGAGAGGAAGUGGUUGUUUUCUUUCGCCGGGGCUCCGCGUCCGGAUAACCCGAAAUCGAUUCGGGGGCAGAUUAUUGAUCAGUGUAAGAGAUCCAAGGUGGGUAAGUUGUUGGAGUGUGAUUUUGGUGAGAGUAAGUGUCAUUCCCCGAGCAGCAUAAUGCAGAUGUUUCAAGGGUCACUUUUCUGCCUUCAGCCUCAAGGGGAUUCCUAUACCCGACGAUCUGCUUUUGAUUCAAUGCUAGCUGGGUGUAUACCUGUGUUUUUUCAUCCGGGUUCGGCUUACACUCAAUACACUUGGCACCUUCCCAAGAAUUAUAGUAAGUACUCGGUGUUCAUUCCGGAGGACGAUAUUCGG